CGAGUGGUAAAAAGCACAUACCACACAGUAAAGGUCACAGGUUCGACCCCUGUGCGGAGCAUUUUCUUUUGACUUUUUUUCGCGAAUUUGUCGAUACUUUCCCUUCCUUCCCCUGCCAAUUCACAUCUCGCUUGCCAAUCUUACUUGAGGGUUUGCUUUGUCGUCUAAGUUCUAGGAUCUACACCGACAGUCGAGCCGCGGCCCACCCGGAGUGCAGAGAAAGAAGGGAGCUCUCGGUGACGUUGACCACACUCUACUUUACCAUAUUCGGCAGAGCUAAACCAAGCCAAAAGAGGCCUCCAACACUGCUAAAAUGUAUAUGCGCAUCGACCUACCAGGCCACGGGCAACUCACAGCGGUCCCGCCCGGAACGGCUAUGGAGCAGAUAUCCCGAAUAUGGGCAACCGAUCUGCCACCGCCCGCUCCCCAACGGGUGGGCCAGAUGGUCCCUGCAGCAGGGGCAGCCUUCCCAAUGGGAAUUGUAGAGUCAGACGUUGGGGAUGGGCCGGUCUUGCAGACUCAAAUACCGUCAGCCCCAGCGGUGGGGCCAGGAGCAGGAGUCGUGGGAGUUGGGCAGGCUUCGCAGACUCAAACACCGACUUUGCAGACUGAAACACGGAAUUCCCCACCAAUGGUGGGAGUUGUAGCAUCAGACAGUGGAGUUGAUCAUGCCUCGCAGACGUCACUCGGCAAGGCGCCGGAAGGAGGGAUCAAGAGGACAUUAUCGGAGUUCCUUGCAGACCGACGCAAUGUCACAAAUGUGAGCACGACGGCGCCAUCGAGCGACCCCGUGAACGCAGUCCCGAAACGAAAGCCCUUGCCUACGAAGACGUCGCAGAGACAACAGGGUGUAGCAGCACUUCCACAACCGGGCAUUCGCAAUAAUAAGAACGUGACGGGCCCUGGGCGGCCGCUUCAGGCCACGGAGCCGAGUGAGCCUACUUUCAAGCGGGCUCGCCCGGCAAGUCUUACGUCGAUAGAUGUCAGGAACGAUAAUAUGUUAUCUGUUCCGCCCACCGCUGUGAGCGGGGCAACUGCAAAUAAGGCAUCCUCUAGCAACUCGCAAGCGGCCGACAACUAUGCAAAGGUACAUACAAAGCUUUUUUCCGGUCUUGCAGCGAGAGGUCUUGAUUUGAGUAUUACCCCUUCAAUGAAACAAAAACAGCAGCAGAAAGCCGCGAAACUAGCAAAAAUGGCUACCAUCGAACCACCGUACCUUCAUAACCAAGAAUACGCCUAUGUGUCAAAACGGCUAGGGCAACAGGAGCAGAAAGGACGGGCCAAACACAAGAAACUGAAGAAGAAAGCAGUGGAUGAGGAUCUCUGGGUCGUUGAACGUAUCCUCGCCGUGCGGCAGGCAUCAGAUGAUGUGAAUGACGAGCCGCUGCACCCUGGAGACCUCGCCGGUUCGAAGGUUGAGAAGGAGUAUCUGAUCAAGUGGGAUGGGUACGGGCAUGACCGGAACACAUGGGAGCCAGAGGAGCAUAUUGGACCUUACGUUGUUAAAACGUUUUGGGCGCGGAGGGAACGGGCAAAGAGGCGGGUUAGGAUGGCUUUUGCUGUCAUCUUGUUGGUAGUGAAAUUGAGAAGGCGGGUUGAGAGGCCGAUAAAGAUGGAAACAACAUAGGAACCCAUCUGCAGCACGAGAUCGGAAGUUGGGCUGCCUGUCAUCGUACGCCGGUCGUAUCUGCCCUGUACGAUGAAACCUCAGAAAUCCCCAACUGUAAAUCUGUUUUGAAUCUGCAACUCCGCA